AUGGCUUUUGAACCCCACGAUGUCAAGGUUUACACCGUCAACGGUGCUACCGCUGGAUCCUCUUCGUCUCUUCCCGACUGGCUGACACGAAAACGUACUGCUGCUAAAGGGAAGCGAGCGGCAAAAGAACAUAUCGAAGGCACAAUAGAAUUAAUACAGGGAUUCGAGUUUCCUGAAGCCAGCAACAAAAUCAAGACAACUCCCGAUGGAACUCAUGCAAUUGCGACUGGGACCUACAAACCUCAGAUAAGAGUUUGGGACCUCAACCAACUCACGCUCAAAUUUGAAAGGCAUACAGAUUCUGAGAAUGUUGACUUUGUUAUUCUUUCUGAUGAUUGGACGAAAUCAAUACACCUACAAAAUGACCGCACGAUAGAGUUGCACACACAAGGUGGCUUUCAUUACCGCACUCGAAUACCUCGUUUUGGUCGUUCUCUGGCUUACCAUCCUCCUUCCUGUGACGCCCUUUUCUCCGCUUCUGGGAAUGAAAUCUAUCGUUUGAAUCUCGAACAGGGUCGUUUCAUGACUCCUCUCGUACUGGAAGAUGAAGAAGACGACAUACAAGGUGUCAACGUAAUCGACAUCAAUCCGGCCCACCAGCUUCUUGGGUUUGGUGUUGACGGAAAUGGGACGGUACAGUUCUGGGAUCCAAGGUCUCGGAAACGCGCAGGAAUAUUGCGUCUGCCAGCAAACAAACUCAUUACUCCGAGCUUUGACAACAACACUGAAUCUAUGACUGCAGGAUUGAGUGUUACAGCUCUUGCUUCGCGAACUGACGGAUUAUCGUAUGCAGUCGGAACAUCAACUGGACAUACUCUACUAUAUGAUAUCCGGACAACGAAACCGUUCGCCGUAAAGGACCAAGGCUAUGGCUUACCCGUGAAGAGUGUUUCGUGGAUCGAGGGUGGAAGCAGGAUGGCAGGAGACGGAAUGGUCCUCAGUGCGGAUAAAAAAGUGAUCAAAAUAUGGGAUCGGAACUCGCCCUCAGUGAAUUUCACGUCCAUUAAUCCCGCUUCAGAUUUGAACGACGUCCAUCAUGUUCCUGGCAGUGGUCUUUUAUUAACAGCCAAUGAAGGCAUUCAGAUGUCCACAUAUUAUAUUCCCCAACUCGGACCUGCUCCUCGGUGGGCAAGUUUCCUUGAAAAUAUCACAGAAGAACUUGAGGACCAGACGACCCGUAACGUUUAUGAGGACUUCAAAUUUGUUGAACGGAACGAGUUACAGAAACUGGGGCUGGAUCACCUCGUCGGUACUCCUGCGCUCAAGCCCUACAUGCACGGCUAUUUCAUCUCACUAAAACUAUAUGACACCGCUCGUGUCAUUGCCAACCCCUUCGAAUAUGCCGAACACCGUGAACGAAUGAUCCGGCAAAAGAUGGACAAAUUGGCCGAAACACGCAUUCGGUCCUCGACGAAACAGGUCCCCGGUGUGAAGGUCAACAAAAUACUCGCUGAGAAAAUCCAAAGGGAUGAAGAGCGUGAAAGGAAGAGGGAGGAAAGAAAAAAGAGGAAGAUUCAGAAGAACCUUGCGGAAGCCGGAGAGGGAGAUGCGAUGAACGUAGAUGAGGAGGAAGAGGAAGAUGUCAUUAGUGGCCGAAAAGACGCAUCGACGAGUGUAUUGACCGACCCUCGAUUCGCCAAGGUCUUUGAGGAUCCUGAAUUCGAGGUCGAUGUGAGUAGCAGAGAAUAUGCGUUGCUCAAUCCCUCGUCAGUUGUACAACGAAAAGGAUUUAGCGAACGAAGCAAGACCGCAGUGGAGGAAGAGGAAGAAGAGAGCGACAAGAUGUCUUCUGAUAGUCUUAGCAAGAGUGAUAGCGAGGAUGAUAGUGGUAACAGCAGUGACAGCAGUGACGCUGGGGAAUUGAACAAGUUUGACCCCCGUGCACGACCAGGACAGAAAAACGUACGCGCACAAGAAGCGUAUAAUCGCUCCAAACAACAAAAUAGAACCUUUAAUGUCAAGCUGGUGCCAAUGCGUCCACAGUCCGGCGCAAAUGGUACACAGCUUGCGACCGGGAAAGAGGCAACCUUUGGUCAACGUCGAAGCCAUUCAUCUUAUCCUGGUGGGGGGAAAAGUGCAUCUCGUGCCAAUAAAGUCAACAUCGCUGAGGAUGGUGGCAUGGAAAUGUCAUGGGUUCCGUCAGCCAACUCUCAAGAUGCAAGAGAGCUUUCAGGACAAGGCAAGGCUGGUAAACAGCAAGACCGAAGAAAGGGCGUCGAGAAGUUUGGAGCUGGGUUGGAGAAAGGAGGCGAAGAUCCUCUUGAGCUUUCGGAAAGCGACAGGAAGGGAAGGGUCCACAGACGGCAAGGUAUCAGGAGUGGCAGUAAGAACGCUUUCCGGAGGAAUUAA